AUGGCCGACAUGGACGUAUUUUCUGCGAUGGGCAUUGUUGGUUUCGGCAAGGCUGCCAAAAAGCGAGAGCUUGAUCCCAACAGGUUCGACAAAACGAAACGUGAGGAGCUCGUGCAGCCCAAAGUGGAGGCGAAAUCCUUGAUCCCUGUUUCAGGGCCUUCCACAGUAUCUAUCCGGGCACAAUAUCAAUCUGACGAAGACUCGGACGACCCCGGGCCUUCCCUUCCGCAACCAAGCCUUUUCAAACAGGAUACUGAUGGCGUAGGCAAUGAAGACAACGAAGAUGAUGAUGCUGUCUCUACUGACGACGAGCCUGAAUACGACCCCAGCGCUCCCUCGCUAUCGGCCCCCGAUUUUCCGAUCACCCACGAGGCAACGCUCAAAGAGCACACCAAGGUGAUUUCCGCGCUUACAGUGGAUCCAAGCGGUGCACGUGUUUUGAGCGGCUCGCAUGACUAUGAUUGUAAGUUGUGGGAUUUUGGUGGAAUGACGACGCAAACGAGGUCCUUCAAGACAUGGGAGCCUGCAGGCAGUUACUAUGUUAAUGACCUCAAGUACUCUAACGAUGGCCAGCAGUUCCUCGUAAUUUCAGGGACAAUUCAGGCUAAGCUGUUUGAUCGGGAGGGCGAGGAGAAAGCAACGUUCGUCAAGGGUGAUAUGUAUAUCAGAGACAUGAAGCACACUGCUGGACAUGUCGGGGAACUUUCAAGCUGCAUGUGGCAUCCGAAGGACAAGCAGUAUUUUAUCACUAGUUCGGCAGACUCGACCAUUAGAAUAUGGGAUGUCGAGAACAAACGAAAGCAGAAAUCUGUUAUUGUUGUCAAAUCAAAAGAACGUGGUGCACGGACCAAAGUGACGACGUGCGCUUACUCUACCGACGGAACGAUGAUUGGAGGCGCCUGUCUCGAUGGCGCACUGCAUAUGUGGCAGGCAUCAUCAAAUUUUGUGAGACCAAACAUGACGAUCGAAGGCGCACACACGAAAGGCACGGAUGUUGGAUCUCUGGUUUUUUCCGUUGAUGGGAGAACAGUGCUGACGAGAGGAGGGGACGACACCGUCAAGCUGUGGGAUUUACGAGCCUUUAAACGACCGCUCGCGUCACAUUCGGGGGCUACUACAUUGUAUCCUGGCACUAAUGCUACGUUCAGCCCUGAUGAAAAGUAUAUCCUAACAGGCACUGGAGCCCCCUCAAAGGGAGGACGAGGUAAAUUAACGUUACUCAGCCGAGAGAAUCUCAGUGUCGUAAAGGAGAUCGACAUGGACACGACACCUGUCAAAGUGGUCUGGCACUCCAAGAUAAAUCAAAUUAUUACAGGUCUUGCGAAUGGUACCAUUUCAGUUCUGUAUUCGCCGGAGACGUCGUUGAAUGGUGCAAAACUGUUGCUGUCAAAGGGAGCCCCAAAAAGACCGACGAUCGAGGACUUGUCGGACGCACUCGCUGCACCAACGAUCUUGACGCCACAUGCCUUGCCAAUGUUCAAAGAUGGGGAGGGAUUGGUGAAGGGAAUGAAGAGGAAGCGGGAAAAGGACCGGAUGGACCCGAGGAAGAGCAGGAGGCCGGAGUUGCCGGUUACAGGACCGGGUCGGGGAGGACGGGUCGGUGCGAGUGCGACGCAGCACGUUGUGCAGAACUUGGUGCGGGAUACAACACGCGACGAAGAUCCACGGGAGGCAUUACUCAAGUAUGCGAAGAUGGCAGACGAAGACCCUCAAUGGACUUCAGCAUGGCGACAAAACCAGCCCAAACCCAGGACGAGGAGGAAGAGGAGGAAGGAUGAGCACCAGACUUAUGAAGUUGUGGAUAUUAGAGCAGGAAUUAAGCACAGCGCGACCAACACCGAACAACGAUCGAUUCUUUCUAUCGCCGUCAACGGUGACAAUGUUGUCAAUGCUUCCAUCCCCAUUCACCCUCCGAGCGGAACACCAAGACCAAUGGAGGGCCAGUUGUUGGAUGAUGUAAAGAUGGCAGAGGAGACAAUAGUUGAUGAUUCGGAUGAAGUCCCUACAACUAAUGGCGUACACACCGCUGACGCCGAUGGAGAUGUCCACAUGGACCAGUCUCCCCCUACCACCAACGGUCACUCCAAUGGUACACCAUCCCAUUUCUCACCAGCUCCUGUGGACUCUGCUGGCCCACCGACAUCGCGUGCUACUUCCAAUUUCGAUUCUCCUCAGCAGCGCUCGGACGCCGUCGAUGAUGAUGAAGCCAAACCACCUCCAGCUAAGCGCGCGCGUAAAUAUUCAGACGCCGAUCAGGCAUCCAUUGCCAAUACCGGUUCUCCCCCUCCUAUUACAGCAUCCUCUGUACAAACAAAUGGUGACACCGUUGUAUCAAGUCCAAUCCCAGCGUCUACGCCAACGGGAAACGGCAUAUCGACCCUCAGUCCCGUGCAACACAGAUUUUGUCUGUCCACGAUACGUUCGCUUAAGAAGCUCAAAGAUGCUUCUGCAUUUGUGCAUCCCGUGGACUCCGUCGCCCUUAAUAUUCCCCAUUACCCGACCAUAAUUAAGACCCCAAUGGACCUGAGCACCAUCGAGCGCAAGCUCAUGUCAUCUAAUCCCGCUAAGCCAGAGACCAAUCCCAACAUUCCACGCUAUUACAGCGCGGAGGAGUUCGUCUCUGACGUGCGGCUGGUGUUCAGCAAUUGCAUCACGUUUAAUGGCCCGGACCAUGUGAUUGCUCAGGCAGGCAAACACGUCGAGGCUGUCUUUGAUAAGCAGAUCAAGCAGCUUCCACCUCCAGCCGAGCCGAAGCCUCCUAUUGUCAAGAAAGUUGCCACGCCUCCACCCCCGCCUCCACCAGCUCCCCCCAAGAAAGCCGCGGCAGCACCCGUUCGUCGUCCUUCAACCUCCGUUCCUGUCAUUCGGCGCAACGAGGCCGAACAGGCAUCUGCACGGCCGAAACGUGAAAUCCAUCCUCCUCCUCCCAAAGACCUACCAUAUGCCGAUGUGCCAAAAAAGAUGCGCAAGGUCAAGGUGCCUAAGGACGAUGGCACAGGGGAACAGCUCAAAUAUUGUGGAAGGAUCUUGAGUGACCUGCAACGAAAGCAGCAUCAAACGAUUGCCGCUCCGUUCUAUGAGCCUGUUGAUGCUGUAAAGCUUGAUAUUCCGACAUAUUAUAGAGUCAUCAAGAAACCCAUGGACAUGUCAACCAUGCGGAAGAAGCUAGAGGCCGGGGAGUAUCCCAAUGCCUCGAAGUUCUUUGAUGACUUCAAACUCAUGAUCCGCAACUGUUUCUUGUUCAACCCCGCCGGAACACCUGUCAAUCAAGCAGGGAUCGAGUUGCAGCGGUUGUUUGACGAGAAGUGGAAGAAUCUACCGCCCCUUCGGGAUGCAAGUGAUGAUGAAGAGGAGGAGGAAGAAGAUGAGGAGUCGGAGGAAGAACGUAAUCGCAGGAUCGCCAACAUAGAGGCUCAAAUUGAGUCGAUGCGCGGUAAUCUCAUGGCUCUGAAGGCCAAGCCGGCUAAGGAGAAGAAGAAAAAGGAGAAGAAAGAGAAGGCUCCUGUCGCUUCUACCUCAAAGGCCGCUGCUUCGCGCGCACCCAAGGCAGCACCUGCGACCAACGGGAACAAGCGUAAGACCACGACAAAGAAACCUAUGGCCGAGGACGAUGCGCUGUCGUUUGAGCAGAAGAAGGACUUGAGUGAGGCUAUUACCAGUCUCGAUGGAGUCAAGCUUGAGAAGGUCAUCCAAAUCAUUCAUGAGGGUGUUCCCGAAAUUCGUGAUAGUACCGAGGAGAUCGAACUUGAAAUCGAUAUACUACCACCACAUGUUCUCACAAAGUUAUACAACUUUGUGCUUCGACCUCUGCGGCAACCAACGCAGAAACGGAAUCGAACUGGCAAGGGCACGGGUACUGGUGGCCUUAAACGGAAGAGCAUGGACGAGACUGCUGAAGCUGAAAAGAUUCGCAAGCUGGAGGAGCGGAUGCGACUCUUCGACGAUAACAACUUUGCCACACCCAACGCUACACCUGCGCUAGCUCAUCAGAACGAUAGCGAUCAUUCAUCGGACUCUUCUUCAGACGACAGCUCGGGCAGCGAGUCGGAGUAA